UGAAUCUGUGUUCACCGGCAAACCACUCAACUUGCCAAAUUUGAGAGUGUUUGGUUGUGCUGCUUAUGUGAAUCGUGUGAAUGAUAAAUCUGAACCUAGGACUAAGGAAUAUGUUUUCUUAGGAUAUCAUGAUUGCAUGAAAGGUUAUAGGCUUUGGUGUAGGAGUGAAACUUGCUUCAAUGUGUUGAUGAGUAGAAAUGUCAUUUUUGUUGAAAAUGAAUUUCCUUGCCUGCUUGUUUCUCCUGAUGUUGCUCCAAAUGAGGUGGAGCAUUUGCCUGUUGAAGUUCAUUCCGAUUUACUUGUUGAAACUAAACCCAA